CACUGACACCCUUUGAAUACCGCCCCGCCCAGCAGUCUUGUCCUUCCUUCCCUCUAGACAACAGAAGUACUGCCCACGAGCGGACAGCUUAGCAAGGAAGUCUUGUAGUUCAUACUUCUGCGCAGGCGCCCUAACCCCACAGCUGGCUUGGCUCCAGCAGCCAUACCUGCUAUGGCACCGCCGCUGUCGCUGCCGCUUUGCGUUGUGUCGACGGGCUCUGGCUCUCCCCACUUGGUGUGCUACUGCGUGAGGGAGAGUAAUGGAGAGGGGUUCCGCGACGGCUUCAACCUCUGUGUGACGGACGCCGCGGAGCUCUGGAGUACCUGCUUCUCACCUGACAGCCUGGCAACACUCAAAGCCCGAUCUGGCCUAAGUAGCACUGAAGAUAUCUCUUCCCGAUUCAGGGCAGCCUGCCAGCAGCAAGCAGUGACUGUAAGCCUGCAAGAGGACAGGGCAUUGAUGACCCUUUCAGGGGACACUUCUGCAUUGACCUUUGACCUCUCCAAGGUGCCCAGCCAAGAGGCAGCCCUCAGGCUGCAGGCUUUGACUCUCAGCCUGGCAGAGCGUGUGUGCAACCUAGAGAGGCGGCUGGCAGCUGCAGAAGAAACCACUGCUAGGCCCAGGAAGAACACCCAGCCAGCAGUCCCUCACCUCUUCUUAGCAGAAGCGGACUCCAUGAGAAUGCUAACUGACACAUGCAGAAAAAUGAAACAAUCCUGGACAAUGGGCUAUUGCUUCAUUGUCUCAGUGCUAAAAGAGAAAGGUCUUCCCACUGAGAAGCUGACACCAAGCUCCAGGACAGACCCUCACCAGGACUGCUGGCCUUAGGCAUAUCAUAACCUACUGUAUUCUGCACCAAAAUGUCCAACUGCAUCUGACCCAGGAAAUAAUUAGAUCUAUUCAAAUCUCUGCACUUGCCAAACCUGUCCUGGUUGAGGGGCAGGGAAAAAAAAAAGGUGAGAUACUACGUCAGAGACGUUGUAGCACAAGGAAAUGCUCCAACUCUAACUGGUUCUAGAGGCAGAAAUUUUUUUUUUCUAUUUUUGUGUUUGGACGGGGUCUUAGGCAGCCCAUAUUGGCCUUGAACUCCUGACCCCCUUCCUAUUGUUACUGAGUGCUAGGGGGUACAGGUAUCACCACCAAACCUAAUAUGCCAGUUAGUUUUUUGUUAGCUUGAUAAAAAGCUAGGGUCAUCUGGGAAAAGGGAACCUCAAUUCAGAAAAUACCUCCAUUAGACUGGCCCAUAGGCAAGUUUGUGGGGCAUUUUCUUGGUUAAUGGUUGAUAGAGGAGGGUGUGCCCAGCCCUCUGUGAGUAGUGCUACCCCUGGGCAGGUAGUCCCAGACUGUAUAAAGAGCAGGCUGAAAGUAAGCCAGAAAGCAGUGUUCCUCCAUGGCCUAUGCUUCAGUUCCUGCCUCCAGGUUUGUACCUUGGCUUUUCUCAGUGGGGAACUGUAAGAUGAAAUAAACCUUUUCUU